CGCGGCAAAGGUGAAAUGUCACAGCUUUUGAUACUUUGAAGGCCAUUCCAUGGCGACAGGGAAUCUCAAAGGAUGAUUUCCCAUUAAAAUACUCACUACAUUCCAUCAUGCUCUUGUAAAUUACAGUGAUAAUACUUCUCUUUACUCACGUGUGAAUCAAUUUGUGUUCAAAGUGAGUGAAAUCAUUGGCAAAAUACGGAGAAAUAAUGUCUGACCCAAGGAGAAACCGAGUUGGUCGGUGGUAUUUUGGCGGAUUGGCGAGUGCUGGAGCUGCCUGUGUGACCCAUCCGCUGGAUUUGCUCAAAGUCACCUUGCAGACGCAACAAGAGGGGAAACUGUCUAUUCUCCGACUGACUGGAAAGGUUGUCCGGGAGCAGGGUGUUUUGGCUCUCUACAAUGGUAUCUCGGCAUCCCUGCUCAGGCAGAUGACCUAUUCUACCACGCGCUUUGGCAUAUACGAAGUGGGUAAGCAAUCCCUGGACAAAGACGCCGGCUUCUUAGCCAAAAUUACCCUGGCGGGCAGCGCAGGAGCGGCUGGAGGACUUGUGGGCACUCCUGCAGACAUGGUGAACGUCAGGAUGCAGAAUGAUGUGAAAUUACCACCGGAAUCUCGUCGAAACUAUAAGAACGCGAUUGACGGCCUAUUUCGGGUGUAUCGCGAAGAGGGUUUCAGGCGGCUCUUCGCGGGCGCCACUACAGCGACUAUGAGAGGCUUCAUGAUGACUAUCGGCCAAAUCGCCUUCUACGAUCAAGUCAAGUCCCUCCUACUGACAACGAAGUACUUCGAGGACAACCCCAAGACUCACUUCUUGUCCUCCCUGACCGCCGGAGCCAUCGCCACCACUCUGACGCAGCCUCUGGAUGUUCUCAAGACGCGUUCCAUGAAUGCGACGCCGGGACAAUUCAAGGGCUUAUGGGACAUCUUUCUCUAUACAGCGAAACUCGGGCCGAUGGGCUUCUUCAAGGGCUACAUUCCGGCUUUUGUGCGCCUUGGGCCACACACUAUUCUGACAUUCCUCCUCCUCGAGCAGCUGCGACUGAAUUUUGGGGUGGAUAAGUAGUAGUAAUGCGAGGGGAAAAGGAUAAAUUUGACGUAGUAUGGUGCUUCUUCGACACAUAAUCUACUCUACUUUUAGGAAAUGUUGAACAUUUCAAUCUGGUCACAAGUGGCCGAAUUGGAUCCACGCAAAAACACACAUUCCUGACGAUAUGACACGCGUAUCAUGGAUGGAUUAAUUUAGAGAGUAAUGCAUUUUUGCCUACCAGAACAAAACUGACUAUAUUUUUUGUAAAAUGUUUAAUUUUUGCUAAUUGUAUAAUGUGUACAUUCACCUUGUUACCGGGACUUUAAAUUUUCUGUAUGAUUGUACAAAUAUUUUUGUGAGAAAUAUAGAUAAAUUGUUG